AUGAUAACGUUAAGCCCAUGGCGAGUUUACUGCUUUGCCAUCCUCCUCUCGCUGAACGUAGUUGCUGGUUUCUUCAACUGCAACUCCGACAACUGCAGAGACUGCGCUUCUAACACCGACGCUUUUGGCAUCACGUGCAGAUGGUGUAGAAGGGACAAUGAAUGUCAUACUCCAGGCGCGUUUUUAACAAACCCUUGUAAGAGAGCGGAGAAUAUUGUCGAUCCGUCUCGCUGUGGAGAGAAGUUCUCCCAUUAUGACCCUGAAUUGUCUUUAAAGAUGUUGCUUCUUUCCGCAGCAGCGUAUGAUCCACUUCAUCCCCAGAAAUGCCUCGACAACUCUCUGCCAUCUGCCGACUUUCAAAUACAGCACACUGUAACAGGGAAAUGUGAUUUCUUUGAUAAUCAAUGCUCUGGCUAUGUUGCUGUUUCCCAUACCGUGAAAGUUAUUGCUAUUGCUUUUCGCGGCUCCGAAUGUCUAAGUCAAGCGUUUUCCGCGUUUGUUGAGACUUUAUUUAGCCCUAAAGAAGCUUUUUUAAGCAAGGGUGAAGUACAAACCUACUGGAAAAGAGGGUUCGAGACAUUAUGGCCGAGCAUGGAAUCGAAAGUGAAGGCUCUCGUCGCUGACAAUCCAUCCUACAAAAUUUGGGUUACAGGGCAUUCUCUGGGUGGUGCAAUUGCGUCCUUAGCAAGUGCAUGGCUAAGUUAUUACAAUAUUGCUUCUCGGGAGAAAAUUAUUUCGUACACUUUUGGAAUGCCUCGAGUUGGAAACUACAAAUACGCCUUAGAGCACGAUCGGCUGGUCGGUAACAGUUGGAGAGUGGUUAAUUAUGAUGAUGCUGUUCCCCAUUUUCCAGGAGUUUACGUCGUGCCACACAUGGCCUUCGGUCCCUACCACCAUGGAGUAGAAGCUUUUUACAGUAAACCGGCAAUAAGUGUAUAUUCUGAGCACAGGGAAUGUCAUGGACAACCAAACAACGAAGACCGCAGUUGUAGUUUAACGAAAACUACUCGCUCCUUUGAACGACAUAAGAACUACUUUAGCAUUCCGGUAGGAACAUUUUGGGGAGAAGAGUGUAUUCAAUCGACACGUAAGAAAAGAGAAACGUCGGAAAAAACCAAUACCACAGUUUCAAAAAGAUUCCAGUUUGUGCAAGAUCGCUGCUUGAAGUACAAAUACAUAAAUGGGUCGUUACACCUCCCAUCAACUCACCAGACCCCGCGGUCCCAGUCUGUAAAGGCCUCGGCCUCCACUAUGACAGUGCAGUCAAUGCACAUAAGAUCAGUUUUUUGUUUCCUGUUACUUAGCAUUUUCAUUUUCCAUUAAAAAGGUAACUAUACAGAUUUAGCUGCAGAUUUCAGUCUUUGUCAUUUCAGUUGUAUGUAACAAUAACAGACUAAUGUUAGGACAGAGGUACAAAACAUCCAAUUCCAAUAGUAGCACUAACUGAAAUUAGACUAAAAACUGAGCAUACUUAAAAACUGCAUUGCAACAAGUAUACCACGAGAAAUCAGUGUUGUCAAAGGCGCGCGACGGAUUCAGAUGAUCACUUGUUGAAUAAGGAAUUUAAGAUCCGACGACGAGACGGUAACGCUAAGAGCGUCUAAGAGCGUAAUAGUGCAUCACGCUUUUUCGUCCACUUUGCCGUUUUUGAACGGCUUCGACGUCAAAUUGCUUCAUUUUACGUUUUAUGCAGGACGCAAACAAGCGACGAGGAAAUUCUUUGUCUCUGUGUGGCUUGGAUAGGGUCUCUUGCAAUUUCACCUACAUUUGGCAAAGUAAGUGGGUAGGAAUAAUCGCGAGCGAGAAGACUGAAAGAACGCAAGUUCACUUUUUAAGGCCAAGUUUUCUUUGCCAUCGCAUGCUUGGAUACGCUUAAAGUCCCUAAUAUGUUUAUCUAAGUUUUGCCGGUCUUCGUCCGACCUCCAGCUUUCAUUAGUCCCAGAACUUGCUAUUACCAUGAGUAAUACUCUUAUAAUCUUAGUUAAUAUUUAUGUAGUUUUGUGGAGAGAAACCUUCGGGCCUUUUCCGCUCGAGCUCGAUCUUCCAGUAUGUCACUGAGUGAACGAUCUUUGUUUUGCUUCGUAGUAUUUUUCAUUUCUUCUUAA